AUGAGCGGCCAAAAAGCGAUGGUUGUCCUGGCGGCGAGAGUAUAUAUGUCGUUGCUACUGCUCUCGUUCUUCUCGUUUGUCUCGUCGGCGCAACGAAACGAUGAUGAUGUACACACAGCCGCUCGUGCUCGAGCAGAACUGUCCACCAUUCUCGGGAAAACGUCUCCGUGGCGGACGGAUUUCAACACCUACGACAGUUACUCGGAGUUUAGCGAGGACACAAAAGAGGAAGUGAAUGGACAACAACAACGCUCUUCAGAUUCAGAUUCUUCUUCUCCCGAAGAUGUGUUUACCUAUCGCGAGUGGCGAACGAAACCGAUCGAUUUCUAUUUGUCGGUGUCGUUGAAACUGUCCGGCUUCCACCGAGACGGAAAUUUUCUCGCGAAAGUGACGAAACGAGACAUCGAACCAUUUUUAGAGACGGUAAAGUCAGACGCGUUGAGCGAAGGAGAGAUGUAUAAAAUGCACUUUCACUAUCGCGUGAUGCACGCGAGGAAAGAGGUAAACGCAGAGGUUGAGAAAGCGAUACAGGAAAAUGUUCGCGUCGAAAGAGAAUGGUCUUCGACGAGUAAGGCGAAGAAUACGGUGGAUUUUAGAAAAGUAGAUGGAAUUAUCGAAAAGGAUAACGUGUUUGGCGGGGACGACGAUAUGACGAAAGUAUAUAGGACGGAGAAGGACGACGUUUUUUCACCGUACGUGAUUUACGCGUUAAAUCCGAGACGGCCGAAGAAUCCAAACGAUAACAAAGCAAGCGUGCAGUACGUGUAUUCGUUUCUGAGUCACGAGGGUGGUGGUGGCGGUGAUGAUAAAAAGUAUGAUAAAAAGUCGUCGAAUUCGAGUCAGUGUUUCGGGACGUCGAUGGUAUCGAGAGACGACGCGUCGUCAUCUUCUUCUCCGUCGGCUCCGGCGUACGCUUGGGUAGAUUUAACCAGCGGCCCAAACGGGUUUACCAAGAAGAGAACAAAGUUUACGACCGAUUACUCCAGACGAGUACCUCCGAAAGUUUUAGGCGCGCACGCGAAACAGGAAAACGUUCCGCUAUUAUCCGCCUCAAUCGCCGGUUUUUUGGGCGAUGCGAGUAAAACGUUAUUUGCGCCGUCGAUUAGGCGCGAAUUUUUGGACGAGCACUUCGGGUCGUUGUCAUCGUCAUCGGUAUCGAGCGGCGGCAAAGAAAAGAUGAUGGUAAAAUUCAAGACUGACGACGCGUGGAUUUCACACGUACAAAUUGAACUCGUUCGCAUAUCGGAACUUCCGUUCAAUUUACAGAGCGAACGAGACGCGAAGAAAAUCGAUCCCGACCAUCGCGUCGAAAAGUAUUUACAGAAAGCACUUCUUCCCGGGAGAAAGAUUAAAGUGAACGAACGCGAGCAACACGAACACGAACAGAAUAAGGAAAAGAUAGAAAAUAGAAAUAGAAAUAGCGAGAGAACGAGUAGUAAUAGUAAUAGCAGCGGUGCUAGAGGUUUUGAAGAAGAUGAUGAAGAAUUUCUCGUGGACGAAAGCGAGCUUCUCUUUUGGGUCGAGGAAUACGAAGAAGGCAUUCGAAAGCAACUCGGUCUGAGAGACGGUGACGAGACGACAAAAGUUAUACCGGUAUUUCUGUUCGAUUUGAAGUUAACCACGCACGGUAAACUCGGCGCGUUUACCGAUGGGAAGCAAGCGGAAAUAGCCAAAGACAACUCUUUCAUCGUCGCCGUGCGUAACAGCAAGAAACAUAAAAUCGACAUUCCUUCGUUCAAAUGUUUCGAAGACGACCCGACGCAAAACGCGUGGGUGGAUUCCUCGGACGUCUUGCGUGCGCUGAAAGCGUCGUUGAUGACAAAUUUGUUUGGCAUACACGUCGACGUCGAUCGCGACGACGUGGAUUUAUCCUGGGCCAUCGGUAACGACGUCUUCACGCCUUUAUCCGCCGGCGAGGGCGAUUCGUUUGCAAUCAUCGACGGCGCCAAACGAACGACCAUUGCAGUUGGCAUGCAAAAAAUCAGACGCUUCAUUGCAACGCGGUUGGAAAUUCUGCACGACAUCUGCAGAGAGGACGGCGAAAACGAAAACACGUUCGCCCACGCCUUCCCGCGGGAACCGUUGCGCAAAACCUUCCUCGCUCGCUCGCGUUUGUUAAAAUUCAAACACGAGGAAGCCGUCAAAGCGACUACUUUGCGCGAAUGGGAACGCGCCGCCACUUUCGUCUUAUCCUCCAUCGUCGAUGCAAACGCCAUGGUCGAGGCGUUAGAGGAAACCAUCGCCUCGCACAAAGUCCGAUUGGAUUGUUACAACAACAGUCCUCCUCCUGGCGGUUCUUCUCCGAGGACGACGACGACGAGAAAAAAUACGAAGAAGAAGAAGAAGCUUCCCGAUGACGGAAGUCGUUCGUACCACUUCCUCGAAGCGUUCUUGUACGGUGGAUUCGAGGCUUUCUUCGGUACCGCUUUUUUAAUCGUUGUAUACGUGUGUCUCGUCGAAGUCAUCGCAUUCUACCGAAAAACCAAAGGAAAAAAGCGAAGUACUGGUGAAAGCUCGUACAGGAAAGAGGAGUGA